AUGGCAACUCAGACAAUCAGAUUGGCGACGGCGUCUCCAGGGACCCAGGCGACACGCAAGGAGACGCUUGCGCAGCUCCACCAGCUCGCCCGCAGCGCCGCUGCCGAGAAGGCCGACAUCCUGCUGCUCCCGGAAGCCUAUCUGGGUGGCUACCCUCGGGGCACGUAUUUCGGCUGCAAGAUCGGAUCCCGCUCGGCCGAGGGCAGAGAGGAAUAUCUGCGGUACUUCAAGGCGGCCGUGGACCUUGGCGACACUGUCGGCGGAGGUGCCGGCGCCGGCGACGCAUGGGUCAAGAGACAGCUUCCCGCUGACGAAUUGGCCGGCGAGACUGGCAAAGUCGCGGGUCAACGUGGCGAUGGAACGCGAGAGGAACUCGAGCGCAUUGCCAGAGAGACUGGCGUCUUUAUCGUCACUGGAAUGAUUGAGAAGGCUGGAGGAAGCUUGUACUGCUCAGCUGUCUAUGUUUGUCCAAAGUUGGGAAUCAUUGGAAAGAGAAGAAAGACUCAGCCUACUGGCACAGAGCGCCUUGUGUGGGCUCAAGGGUCACCCGCAACCUUGAAGGCCGUGAGCACGACAAUCAAGGGAGUCAGACUCAACAUUGGCGCUGCGAUAUGCUGGGAAAACUACAUGCCUCUCCUGAGGCAAGCACUCUAUGCACAAAACAUCAAUCUAUAUCUCUGCCCUACAGCCGACGGCCGUGAGUGCUGGCUCUCAACCAUGCGCACCAUUGGCCUCGAGGGGCGCUGCUUUGUCGUGAGCUCCAACAUGUGCGUCCGCAGGACCGCCGAGCCGUCGGCCGCGGCUACAGGCGGCGACGACGCGGCAGCCACGGUUGUCGAAGACCUCAACGGCAUCCCCGAGUCCCACCCGCGCGGCGGCGGUCGCCGCAACUCGUGCUACACCGAGGAGGGCUUCGAGAUUGCCCUCCCCGAAGGCGGCAGCGCGGCUCACUCCCGUACCGAGAGGCGGCGCUCCGUCUUUGAUGAGGACGGUCACGAGAUUGUCCUCUGCGGCCGUGACGGCGCCGGCGGCCCCGUCAUCGAGGAGGAAGGUAGCGCUUUGCAGGAGCAAAAGCAGCAGCAGCAAAACGGCAUUCCAUCCUCCAAGAAGGCUUCAGCCCCGAGCGGCAUCUCCACAGCCACUACCACUGCGACUACCAAGGCCUCUGCCCAACCCAACGGCGUCAGCGCCGAAGAUGAGUUCAUCUCUCGUGGCGGCUCCUGCAUCAUCUCACCCUCUGGCGACAUCCUGGCCGGUCCGCAGUGGGAAGACGAAAAGGGCAUCAUCUACGCCGACGUGGAUUUCGAGGACUGCGUACGCGGACGCCUGGAUCUGGAUCUUGGGGGCAGCUAUUCGCGAAACGAUUCCUUCAAGCUCUCGGUGGAAGGACUUGAGCUGGAUCCGCUGCCAUACUAUUGA